CAAAUUCAAAACAAAUUUCAUGUAUUUUUAUGAUAUUGGAUCAGUAGCACAGAGUACAUUAUUUUUGAUCAGUAGUAGUAGAAUUAUUUAUAAGUACCUACAUUUGAGAGGAAUAAAUAAAAUAUUUCUAAACAGGCUAUCAACUCCAGCAUUAGUAUCACAUGAAUAAUGUUUUUAAAUAAAUUUAAACCUCACAGAUUAAGGUUAUGUGCGAGGUUAAAACAUAAAGAAAAUAAACAAAAUGAAGAGAUACAAAUUGAAAAAGGUGCCAAAUAUGCGACUGAUUUGAUGAAUUAUUUAGAGAGUAAUGAGGAGUAUAAAAAUAUUAUCCCAUGUUUGCCAAAGGUACUUUUGAAGAAAUACAAAACACCUGAAACGAUGUACAUAAUUAAUAAAAAUACAGCCAGAGAUAUUGCCGAUACUAUAAAAGGCCACUUUGACAAACAUGCACCAAUAGUCGAAGUUAAUCCUGGAUUAGGAUUUUUAACAGAAGCAAUUUUGCGAUGUCAGAAAAAUCCAGUUUACCUAUACGAAUCUUCCAACUACUUUAGUAAUAUUUUAAAUGAUUUACAACAAAAAUAUCCUGAAAGAAUCAAAUAUAAAACUGCAGAUUUUUUUGGAAUGUGGAAAUUGGCUUUCCAAGAUAAAAUGGAUGAUGGAAAUAGAAUCAAAGAAUUAUUAGGAGACUUGGCAACUGAAAACACUGGAAGAAAAAUAAAAAUAGUUGGAGCUAUGCCUGGAUUAUCAUUUGUAAGACACCUUAUUAAUACCAUUGUUUUUCACAAUACAACAAACCAACUUGGUAGGCCAGAUUUAUUUAUAAUUAUACCAGUUCAUCAUUAUGAGUUUCUUACAGAUACUUUAGUGGAAUAUGGGAAACACAAAUCAGUACCAUCCUUAUUUCAAACUCUUUUUUAUUCUAGAGUACUGAAAAAAGUACCCAAAGCGCACUUUCUACCAUGGAUUUAUCCUGUGAACAAAAAAGUUUCUGUGAUAGAUGAGCACUUCUUAUAUUUAGUAAAUAUAACACAAAAAGAAACACUACCUUGUCCACCUGAUUACUUACCAUUAUUAUGGUAUUUUUUUAAGCCUCACACUUUCUCAAAGACCUCAAGAGUCAUUCCUGUGCUAGAGCAAUGGAUACCUGGCUGCGGUGUAUGGCUUAUAACUGGUCAAGAUCCUCCAGAUGUUAACAAAGACAUAGCCCCAGGGCCCAAUGAUGCAAAACUUCCCCAUAUGACUAUCUUCACCCAGUUUGGUGACUUGACAUUACAACAAAAAAUUACUGUUUUUAAAAGGUUUGUAUCUUGGCCAGAAUUUGAGCAAUGUCCAUUUAGGGCAGCUAUGGAUAACAAUUUACCCAAAUUUGCUGUAAAUUUGGAUUCUGACGUUAAAGAAAGCUUGGAAUCAAAUAUUGAUGACCUUGAACAUUCGGAUUCUGAAACUGAUCAUGAUACUGUAUAGAAAUAAUAAUAAACUAUUUAGACAGUAAA